UUAAAGGUUAAUUUGCGAUUUUAAAUGUUAAACUGCGAUUUUGCCAAACGUUUAACUGCGUUUUCAAAAAUCACUUUUUUCAAAUCGCACAUUUUAUAAUCGUGAUUUUAAAUCGCACUUUUUUAAAUCGAAAAUCCAAACGGACCCUAAGAAAAAACAACGUACAUGCAUGUUUUCUUACACGCAAAUUGACUAGAUAUUCAUGCAGUUGAAACUUUGAAAGCUUGUGAUUGGCAAUCUAGCUAAGAAAAAACAACGUACCGGCCUGCAUGUCACAACUCACACGGCAAAUUGACUAGAUCUUCAUGCAGUCAGUCAGCUGGUUUGAAAUUAAAGCUUGUGAUUAUUGGCAAUAUUCUACUAAUAAAAAGCAUCGUGCAUGCAUGUCACGCAAAUUGACUAUAUGUUCAUGCAGUCUAGGUAAUUGAAAAUAAGAAAGAUAAUUUGUGUUUGCAUGUAGAUCGGGUUCGGGUCAUGUUGAGGUAUAGGUAUAAGAUUAAAUAGGUUGAUCGUAACCCGACUCAUUUAAUUAAACAAGUUAAACCCCUCAACCCUAACCCUCUAAUUUUGUAUUUAGUUCGUAUCGAGUCCGCGGGUCAUGUCAAUAAUUGCCUCUCAUUAUGUCAUGUGUUGGGUUUGAAUCGUAUUGAAAUAUGAGUAUAAGACUAUAUAGAUCAAUCAUAACUCAACACAUUUAAUUAAAUGGAUCGUGAGACUCAACAACCCUAACCUUUUAAUUUAGAUGUAAUAUGUUUGCGUUGAAUUCACAUAUUGUGUCAAAAAGUUGCUGGCCUAAUUGAAAGCAUGUGAUUGGCAAUCUACUAAUUAAGAAAAAACAUCGUGCAAAUAUGCAUGUCAUGCAAAUUGACUAGAUCUUCCCCAGUUCAGACGAUCGACGAACGAAAAGUAAUCUUUCUUGAAUGUGCGUACAAACUGCCAGUAAAUUGUUGAAUCUUUCAAAGUCAAGGUCAUGACCGAAUCAGAACCUGCCCAACACUUAACGCCAUAGCAUUCAUUACAAAUAAUUUGGUGAUGAUCACCAAAUUUGUAAAAUCCAUCUCCACCUGUUCUUGCAAUUAAUCAUUAUCAGUGAUAUUCGAUAUUCCUUCUUCAAUGGAUUCUGCAACCGGCCAGCCUCACUUUGUCCUAAUACCACUCAUGGCCCAAGGCCACAUGAUCCCCAUGAUUGACAUGGCCAGGCUCUUUGCGGAGCGUGGCGUUAUUGUGAGCUUGGUGACAACCCCCUACAAUGCCUCACGAUUUCAAAGAGCUAUCAACCAAGCAAGAGGCUCUGGGCUCUCGUUUCGGCUUGUUCAGCUCGAAUUUCCAUGCCAAGAAGUGGUACUUCCUGAAGGAUACGAGAACCUUGACAUCCUGCCCUCCAGAGACCUACUGAGAAAGUUCUACAAAGCUCUCAGCAUGCUCCAACAGCCACUAGAAAAACACCUCGAGAAAGAAACUCCCCCUCCAACUUGCAUAAUAUCUGACAAGUGCCUCUCUUGGACAGCCAUCACUGCUCAAAACUUCAACAUUCCAAGGCUUGUUUUUCACGGGAUGGGCUGCUUCUCACUUUUGAGCUCCCAUAAUAUUAAACUUUACAAUGCUCACAAUUCUGUCAGUUCUGACUCGGAACCCUUUGUGAUCCCUGGAAUUCCCCAUAGAAUUGAGAUAACAAAAGCCCAGCUGCCGGGAGCUUUUGUUGCCCUGCCUGACUUGGAUGAUUUUCGAAACAAGAUGCAAGAGGCUGAAUCAACCGCCAAUGGGGUUGUGGUGAAUAGUUUCCAUGAAUUGGAGCGUGAGUACAUUGAGGAGUACGAGAAGGCUAUUAAGAAGAAGGUGUGGUGCGUUGGGCCAGUUUCUUUACGUAACAAGGAGAAUUCCGACAUGUUUGAGAGAGGUAACAAAGCCUCAAUUGACGAGCAACUUUGUAUGGGAUGGCUUAACUCGAAAAAACCAAGGUCAGUUAUUUAUGCUUGUUUAGGUAGCCUGUGCCGCCUGGUUCCCGCACAAUUAAUAGAACUUGGGCUUGGCCUAGAAGCAUCAAAUCAGCCAUUUAUUUGGGUGAUCAAAACAGGAGAAAGGCAUUUGGAGCUGGAGGAGUGGUUGGUGAAGGAAAGAUUUGAGGAAAGGAUCAAAGGGAGGGGGCUGUUGAUCAAGGGAUGGGCUCCACAGAUGCUUAUUCUAUCCCAUCCAGCAGUUGGAGGAUUCAUAACCCACUGUGGAUGGAACUCGACGCUAGAAAGUGUGUGCUCCGGUGUGCCGAUGAUAACAUGGCCUCUCUUCGCCGAGCAGUUCUUCAACGAAAAACUAGUCGUAGAAGUUUUGAGGAUUGGGAUUAAGAUAGGCGUCGAGAUCCCUGUCAGAUGGGGGGAUGAAGAGAAAGUUGGGGCGUUGGUGAAGAAAGAUGGGGUUGAGAAGGCAAUAACCAUGCUCAUGGAUGGGGGCGAAGAAGGUGAGAAAAGAAGAAAGAAAGCAAGAGAGCUUGGAGAGAUGGGAAAGAGGGCACUGGAGAAAGGUGGAUCUUCUCAAUUAAACAUGUCAUUCUUGAUCGAAGACAUAACAAAACAAUCCACCCAAGGCAAGGCGUAA